AUGGGCCGCUUCCUCCUACGACGCAACAAGGCGAUUGGAACCCCAAGGGCACCUAAUAAUACAGUCCAACAGCACACACCAGCGGAAAACGCCUACGCCGCAGCUCUUGGCAUCGACCCAGAGAAAGGAACCACAUCAUUCGACGAACGCAUUCGGAAAGAGUACCGCUUCCACACCCUCCAGUACUGGUUCGUCGCCUCACUUGCCAAUGGCAUGCUUUGGACACAAAUAGUCAUCGGCGCCGCGUUAACAGCUCUGGGCGCAACACACUCGCACAAUGCGCAAACAGCGACUAUCUACCUGGGAGCAGCCACCACAGUAAUAUCGGGAUUUCUAACGUACUUCAAAUCCCGCAACCAGCCGAACAGAUCAAGGCAGUUCAGGGAAGCACUGAGGAAGGUGAGGAAUCUGAUCGACGACAAUGCGAACGAUCUGGUCGGGAUGAGUCCAGAGGAGGCAAGGGAGGUCGCGAAGGGUAUCGUGAAGCAGUAUAACGAGGCUCUGGCGGAGGCGAGUGCCAAUUACCCGGAUUUGUGGAUUACUUUGGGCGACCUGAAGAGGUUCAUGCCGAAGAAUCCAGAAGAGGACGCGCAGAAUAAAGUCAACGAUAAGGACGAGGAGAGACUCGAGCCCGCCAAGUUGGACGGAGUCCUAGCUAGAUCGCCCUCGAUGCCACGGUCAUCAGUAUCAACAUCGCUACCCGAGAAGCAGCUUGAGGAGCCUGUGCAAGACGCCGAGGCAACGAUGCACCAACUGCAACAAGACGUUCAUUCAGGUAGGAAUGGCGCAGAGACCACAGAUCAGACAUCGGACGCGAAUGCGCCGCCAUCAUCAUUCGAGAGGCCUUCCCGGAUGCGAUACUCGAUCUCCAGUCGCGACCGUUCCGCAAACAACACCUAG